AUGCGGUCUCUGGGCGGCAGCUUGUUCUUGAUGCUGAUCUGGAUCCUGAUGGUGGUUAUGGCUCAGAAAAGGAGCACGGACCCAAUGAACCUGGGGGAGAUCGACCCUCAGUGCUGGGAGAGCUCCUCCCUCGCCCUGGUCGAGAUGAAGAAGCUGCGAGUCGCCGAAACGGUCAGUGGCCUCUGGGACUUCAUGAUCUACCUGAAACUGUCGGAAAAACCCAAACACGGCGCCCUGUUCAUUGAGCUGGCUCAGCUCUUCUGGGAUAUCUAUGUGGACUGUGUGCUGUCGAGAUCUCAUGGACUGGGCAGGAGGCAGAUCAUAACCGGAUAUACCUUUAUGUAUCCACAGUACAUGACAGGUAACUCACUCUAUACAGUGUAG